AUGAAGUUCUUCGCACUCCUCACUCUCGCCACCCUCCCACUCGCUCUGGCUUCUCCAGUCGUUCCAGAGGCCCUUCAAAGCCCAGCGGUAGCUUUACAACACGAGCGUCGCAACUGCUCAACCCGUCGUACCGCAAGCUCGAAUUCCACCAGCCCUCCAAGCCAAAAACUGGACAUGACCAACCCUCUCUACCGCGAUCUCAUCAAAAGCAUCAAAAACCCUUUCGUAAGAGAUUCGAUCCACAGACUCGUCCAAGGCGAAACUGUUUUCGAUGAAUCUAUUUCUCAAGACCUUCAUGGAACUGGGAAUUCCUUGUAUUUCCGUGUUCCGGAAUUACCACCAACGAUGAAGGGCCAUUCUCAUGAUCCUGAUGGUAUUCCAUUACCUCCAAAUACUUUCCGUGUUUCUUCGACGGAAGAGCUGAGGAGUAUUUUGGGACGGAUUUUGGAGUAUAGGGCUUAUAGCUUGGAGAAUGAAGAGAAUGCAGACUAUAUAAGGGCCUGGGGUGACGAAGGUUUGUAUGAUAAUUUGGGUACAUCAGAAACUGGAGCGGCAACAGAAAAUGUGAAGGACGACAAGAAGAAGAAGGAAGAUACCCCCCAAGCUGAAUCUAAGAAAUCGGAACCACCGAAGUGGGAACCUAAAAUACCAGAUAUGCCCGAUUGGAACCCGUCUGAGAAGUUUGAAACCUUCAAAGAGAAAUUCAAUCAAUACAUCAAAGCAAGCAGCCAGCUUGUCCCAAACCGCCCCCCGGGUGUCUCAAUGGCAUCGGUCCUCGAAACAUUGGAACAACAAAUCAGGAAAUCAAGGGAAUCGCUAGAGAAGAAAACGUCUAAUCAAGAUACGGCAAAACCUUUGAAUAUAGACUAUGAGGCCCGCAAACAACGUGAGGACAGGCUAUUUCACGGUGUUGAAAAACCACGUUCAAUGUGGGGCCAUAGGGAAUUUCUCGAACACCUCAGUAAGGCUAGGAGGAAGAAAACGCCAGGAGACUUUGAGCCUUUGAGUAGAGAGGAAGUGAAAAAAGACGAUUCUCCUUCGGAUUCUCCACAAGAACCUCUAGUAGACUCGACACCUAUGACGGCAAAAGCACCGAACCCCCAACUCACCAGCUCAUUUGGACAGGAAGAUAAGCCCCUGGAGAAGAGCCCAACCGCGAAUACCGAUGAUGUUGAACCAGCGACAGAGCGUAUUACUCUAAUGGACAUUCUUAAUGGAACUGCGUCCUCGAGCCCCGAGAAGGCCAAACAAGAAACCGAAAUUCCGACUACCCCUGCUCCCUUAUCCGGGAAACACGAGUCUCCCGAACCGCUUGUUAACGACCGUAGCUCUACGUCUAGUCCCAAACUUUUGUCAGAAUCAACCUCUGGAUUGCUAGAAGCCGUUGGGGCACUUUCAGUGGAGCUAAGUCGAGCGUACGAGCGCAUCUUGGAGUUAGAGGCCCGAUCGGCCGGCCCGCCUGAUUUCCAGAGGUUCACAGAAUAUGUGGACAAAGCUCUAGAUGCACAGUAUAUCAAUAUGAGAGAUUACUUCGAGAAAGAGGUGCUCUCUGAAACUAGGGAUAUUUCAGCCAGUCGCUGGUCGUUGGAAAAGACAAUGCAGAAGAUCUUGGAGAAUCAAGAGGCUGCCGCCGCCGCUAAAUCUAGAGACGGAGCUUGCAUAUACUCCACCGAGGGCGGGGAGCCAGGUGAAGAACCGAAGGUUCCAGUAACUGUCCAACUCGAUGACAUGGACAAAGCAAAUCUUCAAGGAGUUGUUGACGCUGCUGUCAAAACUGCUAUAAAAGAGAUCGUAGCCGGGAUUGAAAAGUAUAAUGACGGCAAUAAAGAGAACCUAGCAGAAGCGAUAGCUGAAGAGAUUGAUGAACUCAGAUAUUCUUCCGGCCUAACCGAGACGAUUGUAAGUGAAAUUCUCUAUUCAGAGAACAUGUCUAGACGUUUGGACAUACAGUGUAAGAUCAUUGUAGGCCAGGUCUUGGAAAUGCUGGGCAAAGAUGAAAAUGGGGAUUUGCAGAGGAUUGUAGACGCCGCGGUGAAAGAAGGGACAAAAGAUCUUGAAGAAACCGUCAAAUCGAGACUUGGGGAUAUACAACUGAAGUUGUUUGGAAUGGAGAGGCUCCUAAGAGAGUCACGUCGUAAACGGAAGAAUAAUGACCAAGGGUGGUUUUGGUGA